AUGGCGCACUUCGUGCCCCGCAACACCUUCAGCAUCCCCUCCUCCAUACCCAAAACCUAUUUCCUGGGCCACCACCACGCCGGCGCAAACAAGAUCAAGACCCUCCUCUCCAGCAUCUCCCUCGUCCUCGAAUGCCGCGACUUCCGCCUCCCGCUGUCCACGCAAAAUCCAACACUGGAGCGCACCAUCGCCGGCCGAGAGCGUCUCCUCGUGUACACGAAGUCCGACCUCGGCACCGACACGCCCGGCGCGCGACAAACACUAAAGCGAUUAUAUGGCGAUAAAGUAGUAUUCUGGGAUAAGAACAAGCCUUCCACGACGGAGGCGCUACUGAAGCGACUGAAGUUCACGGCCGAGGCGCAAGAUUCGCUGACCGGUCUGCGAGCACUGGUAGUGGGCAUGCCGAACGUCGGCAAAAGUACGCUGCUGAAUGCGCUUCGCAAAGUCGGCACCCCAGGCAAGAAGACAAAGGCCGCAAAAACAGGCGAUCAGGCGGGCGUGACGCGGAAGAUUGGAACGGCGGUCCGGGUAGUAGAGUCCGAGGAGAAAGGCGGAGUGGGAAGCGGUGUAUUCGUUCUGGAUACGCCUGGUAUUUUUCAGCCGUACGUUGACGACGGCGAGACAAUGAUGAAAGUUGCUCUUGCGCAUGGCAUUAAAAAGGGUCUUAUACCGGAUGAAGUUCUGGCGGAUUAUCUGCUCUAUCGCAUGAAUAAGUGGGAUCCGGGACUGUACUCGCGGUACUGUGACCCUACAAACGACGUGAAUGAGUUUCUGGACGCGGUCGCAAAACGAGAGGGUAAGCUCAAGGCCGGAGGUGUGCCGAAUUGGCAGGAAGCCGCGGCGAGGGUGCUGUCGCAGUGGCGUGACGGGAAGUUGGGUCGGUAUGUGCUGGAUGAGCUUGGGGAUGAGGAUAUUCGCGCUCAUGAGAUGAUGUUGGCCCAGCCGGCGCUGAGCUUGCAUCAGGCGAAGAAGGCGCAGAAAGAGGCGAGGAAACGGGAACGACUGGGGGAAUGA